AUGGUUUCUGGUUUUUGUAAUCAGGAAUUUUUAUUUAUGACAUUUAUCAAAGCGGUAGGAAGAGUAAAUAACACUUAUCAUGCUUUGAAUUUAUCCAUAGGUUGUCACAACUGGACUAAGGCAUAUAAAAUUAAUUCUAAAAUAACGAGGUAUAAAAAAACAAAAAUUUACUUAAUUAAAAAUAUAAUUAGCCCCAUUUUCCCUCCCCCUACCCCUUGGAAAAGAGCUGUCGAAGUCGAAGAAUUUUCUAGAAAAUUAGCAUAUCACGGUGAACAUAUUCUUAAAAGAAAACUUUGGGAAAAAUCAAUUAACGGUCCAGGUUGGCAAGAUGUCACAGAAUUAUUAUCAGAAAAAACGAUGACGUUUCCUAAAUUUGAAGGAUAUACGCAAAACCGUAAAAAACAAGAUGUCCCCGGUCCUGUAAUGGAAGAGAAAACUCGAGGAAAAGGAUUUUCAUUUUCAAUAAUUCCACCGUUUGAUAAAAAUACGAGUCGUCUUAAUAAUUUAUAUACUGGACCAUCCUAUCAACUUCCUCCUAAUUUAUACACAUUAAAAAGUUGCACAGAAGAACUUAUAUCAAAAAAAGUAUCUAAACGUGGACCCUAUGAUUUAUUCACGGGACCCAGAUUCCCUAGGAUUGUUGUUCAAAAACUACUUGAUAAAACACAAUUAACACCUCUUAGACUCGAUUCACGCGAUUUAAAUCAUCCUAAAAAUUUAUUUAAAGGAAAAUUUUUAAAAUGUGGAAGAGAAUCUGCCAUAACGAGUAGAAUGUUUAUGAAUGAUCCAAUAGGAUGUUUGAAUACAGCAUCUUAUCCAGGUCCAGGUCACUAUGAUGUAUCGUCAAAUAAAAAAAUUGUCACAGAAUCAUUUUAUCCAUUUAAUUCUUCCGUUCGUGAUGUGAGGACACAUUUAAAGAAAGAUUUAAGUCCUCCUCCUGGAAGUUACAAUUUAUAUCAAAAGAGUAAAAUAUUAGGAGAUGGUUUUAAAAGUAAUUUUUUAUCGAAAACCCCAAGGUAUGAUUUUAAAGUACCUAAAUGGUCUUGGUUUGAAUAA